UUCAACAUGGGGAGGAUUGCUAAAGAAGUGUCCGGACAGACCCUAUGCUUCAUUGGUUUUGUUGGCAUAUGCAUCUGUUGUGGCAUUCCCAUGUGGCGUGUCACUUCCUACAUUGGUGCCAACGUUGUUACGGCUCAGAUCGUCUGGGAUGGCUUGUGGAUGAACUGCGUAAUGCAGAGCACAGGACAGAUGCAGUGUAAAGUUCAAGACUCAAUCAUGCGACUGACCCAGGACUUGCAAGCGGCACGUGCGCUGAUCAUCAUCGCAAUAGUGAUCGGCAUCGUUGGGUUGCUAUUGACAUUUGUUGGGGGGCAGUGCAGUAGUUGCCUGAAGAGGGAAUCCUCCAUGGCCAAAGUGCUGAUCCUGGGUGGCAUCCUCUGCAUCAUAGCUGGAGUAAUCUGCCUUAUCCCAACUGCGUGGUCCGCAAGCUAUACCAUUUCCGAUUUCCAGAACGUUCUCACCAUCGAGACCCAGAAGAGAGAGCUUGGAUCAUCCAUAUAUAUUGGCUGGGGUAUCCUCGGCCUGUCUCUAGGUUUAAUUGGCUUCCUCGGAGCUAUCGUGGUUUGUGCCCUUCCUAUGUGGAAGAUGUCGGCCUUCAUCGGGGCCAAUAUCGUGACCGCGCAGAUCAUCUGGGAGGGCUUGUGGAUGAACUGUGUGAUGCAGAGCACUGGACAGAUGCAGUGCAAAAUCUACGACUCACUCUUGGCCUUGCCCCAGGACCUACAGGCCGCUCGGGCGCUCUUGAUCAUCGCCAUCAUCGUCUGCUUCUUUGCGGUCAUCCUGGGGAUUGCCGGUGGGAAAUGCACCAACUUUGUGGAGAAGGAAGACACGAAGGCAAAGGUGGCGAUCGCCAGUGGUGUCAUCUUCAUAGUGGCAGGAGUGCUGGUCCUUGUCCCUGUCUGUUGGUCGGCUAACACCAUCAUCAGGGACUUCUACAAUCCCAUUCUUGCCGAUGCCCAGAGGAGGGAGAUGGGGGCUUCGCUUUACAUCGGCUGGGGUGCAGCUGCAUUGUUGAUCCUUGGAGGAGGUAUUCUGUGUAGCUCCUGCCCACCCAAGGAAGACAACUAUGUGGUCAAGUACUCUCAGCCACGGUCCGUUGCCACCAGCAGAGCCUACGUCUAAAAGGACAUAUGCCACACAAAGGCUAUUUAUAUGCAAAGACUCUUCAUUCUUAAAGCCUCUUUGUUCCCACCUCUGGCUUUUUCUCAGUUCCAAGGAGAAACACGAAAAGGACAGUGUCUGAUGGCAUAAGUUAUUUACUGAGAUUUUGUGCCAUGAUUAUACAGAGAUCUCUGAGAGGUUAAAAAUCAAUGUAUGUUUAUAAUGUGAAGAGAGGAAUCAAACUCAGGGAAGUGACAGGGAUCUAAAAUCACAACUAUCAUUUAAAAUAAAAUAAAUUGUUAUAAUUUAUGUUUGAUCUGACCAUUGCAAUGUUUCUGUAAUGGAAAAAUCCAAGAAAUGUAAAUGUGCAUAAAACACAAUAGAUACAAUUUUAUACAAUGUUCAUUAUCAUACUUAUAAAGUUUUCUUUUUUCAUUUACAUAAAUUAGCAUUUUUGCACAGAAAUGUCUUGAUUUGUCUCACUAUUUGUUUAUUCAAAUAAAUGUUUGACCUCAUUGAGAUUGCACUGACCUUCUGUCAUGAUAGAAGAUUUCAAGUAUUGAGGAUUCACACAUUAAAGAAAAUAUUACAGAUCAUGCUCACCUCUGACAUGGACAAUACUGUUGAAAAUGGGGGAAAAUAUUUUCAUUGUGAGUAUUUUUGUCCUUUUUCUGGCAAAAAUAUCUAAACUUCCUUAAAACACAAUUAAUUCCUUGGGAAACAGAUUGGCAUAAGAUAUUAAGUAUUGCUUUCAGGGAAAUAUAACCAAAUUUGGUGGGGUUUAAGCUUGCUGCAAGAAAAAACUAUUUGCCAACAAAGUAUGAAAAAUAAACUUGCUUGCCCUUUGAAUCCAUUUUUUUUUCUUACCCGAUUUCUCUUUUUAAGCGCAUAAACGUUAUACAAAUGUGUUGUAUUUCCUUAUCUUGAUUGUCUUUCUCUAUUUCUCUAUCUUUUGUUUAAAGAAUGCUUAGAUAGUUUUACUUAAAAACAAGACGAGAAUCCUUAGUAACAGCAUGAUUUAUUUCAGUGUGUUGACAAAGCCAAAAAGGUUGAGCAAUUUGUCUGUGGCACCUUGUGAAAGAUUCAAUAAGCUUCAAUAAAAAAAUAAAAAAUCUGUCA